AUGCCCAAACGUCCUGCAACCUCAGAGCCCGGUCCCCCAGCAAAGCUGGCCGUCGUAGCCCCUGACUUUGUCCUCAACGUCGACGACGGAGAGACGGUCUACCAGCACUGUCUUCUUCUUUCUGGGAAGUGCAAUAACCUGGGCAGCGGGGAGGAGGACUUUGUGUCCGUGCAUGUUACGGACAGCUUUGGCCGCCAAACGGGCCAGAGCUGGCCGGCGGUCGCGGGGCGGUGGAAGGCGCUUGCGAUGCUCGCUCCCGGCAGCAACACGGUGGAGCUGACGCUGCACCAUGCCGGUGCGGUCUCUCCUGCGCACUCUGUCAAGCUGGUCUACCAACCCCUCCUCCAACUCCCCCCGCUUCAUCUCGCCAUCAUGGUCGCGAAAGACUCCCCCCUGCUCAUCGACUGCCCCCCGGCCAAGUACGGCGCGAUUUCCACCGCCCACAGCACGCUCGAGGCGGCGGUUGCCAAGUUCCGGAUGACGGCCUAUAUGUGGCAAGCACAAACGGCUGAAGAUUUCCGUCUGAAAGGGCUCGGCCGAAGGUCGUUCCGCCUGGACGAAGAAUGGGCGCGCGACACAACAUCCCGCGCUGGCUUCCAGAGCGACCCCGCUGCCCGGCAACCCACCGGCGCGGUCCCGAAAAUCCACGUGAUCCGCUCCGAGAAGACCGUCGCCCAGCUCCGGGAUGCAGAUGUCGCGCAGCAGAACCAACAUGGCCAGCGCAGAGACGAUUUGCACAAGUACUUUGAAGACGCUCUGCGUAGCCACGGGUCGCCGUUCAACUCUGCCGAGCGACCUGUUGUCGCUGGCCUCAUUCUCGAUGCACAUUACUCGAUCGAGCAAGAUCUUAUUCUGGGUCAUGCAGCAUUGGGAUGCCAUAAGCCGAAUGGAGUGUCUUUGGGUGUGUUUGGGAGCCAUCUCACGUAUUCCUGGCCGCGGUUUUUAGAGGAAGUCCCUGCGUAUCUGCUCGACAGGACCCCCACGGGAGAUACAGUCGGCAACGACAACGGGGAGUGCAGCACGAUGAGAGAGGCCUGCUGGGUUGGACAAGGCGCGUUCUUGCACGAGGUCGGCCAUGCGUUCAGCGCGGAUCACACGAGCGGGAUCAUGGCCCGCGGCUACUCCCGCCAUUGGGCACGUAAUUUCAUCGCCCAUGAAGAGACGGCGAACGACGCGGUCUGGGAUCUCCAGGAUGCGCUCAAGUUUCGCGUCUUGGAGCACUUCCUCAUGCCCGGCGACCCCGUCCUGAGUCAUGAAGAUCGACAAGCAGCGGCGGACAUCACGUGCGAGCUGGCAAAGGACGACGAGCCCGUUUUACAACUCACUUGCAAGGCCGGCAUCGCGCAGAUUCAGGUUACCACCCCCGAGAAGACACGGGUUGUUUACCAGUCCCCGGCGCUUGCCAACACGAGUCUUGCUGCUAGUAUCCAGGAGACCAUCGCAAAUGCGACAUGCGAGGACGGGAAGACUUUCGCCGUCUCUUUCACCGACCUAGAGAAGCAGUUCGACCGGACGAAGCCGCUGUCGAUGUCGAUCCUGGGCCUAAACGGCAAGAAGCGGGUCUGCGACGAGGUCUGGAAGAUGCUCGCUGAGCUGCCGUUCAUCCGCGUGCCGGGCACCUCGGUCGUCCUCCGGAAGACGUCUGUCAAGUCGGGCUGGGACACAAGCGAGCGGUUCUGGCACUGGGCUAUGCUGCUGCAGCGAAAACGCGCCGACGGGUCGCUCGCGCGGGCAACUGCGAUUGAUCUGCGGGUCGGGGCGAUCAUGGACGGCGCGGUUGUGUGCUACGAGGACGGGACGGAGGUCAACUGCGGGCCGGUGACGGGCUACGGCGGCGGCCGGCACACUUUCGGCGGGCACGCGUCCGAAAAGGGCGACAUUCCGGCCGACGCGGGCAUCGCCAAGGUCGAGGUCAACGGCGGCGGAGACCAUGGCUGGGGGUGUCUUGCGGGCAUCCGGAUCACGCUCGACAACGGCGCCAGUUGGGGCGAGCUUAAUGGUGAGGCCACGGCCACUUUGCAGCCAAAGGACGACGAGCGGGUCGUGGGGCUGUUUGGGAGGAGCCAGCUUGGGUCGGGGUACACAUAUGAGUUUGGGAUUAUUACAGUGAAGAAGGGCGGGACGCUGCCAGAGGGGGUGUAUGAUAUGCCGGAGCUGCAGAAUGUCGAGGGAGACAAUGCUGGUGUGGAAAUGGAUGAUGAGUCGGGGAAUGAUUCAGAGGAGGAGUAG